AGUUGUAUAUUAGAGUAAGUAAAAAGGUCACUUCUACUUCACUACAAUGUCACGCCGUGUACACAUUUCCUGUUGUGGUAUGUCUUGUCAGGAUCAUGUGGAAAUGAUGGACAAAUUUUGUUGUUGAAAACUUUAUAAACUGAAUCUUAAAAUAGCAUUGAACAUCAUGAAUACAGUUAAAGUUACGUCUGAUAUGUGCAGUGUUUCAUUUUAUACUGGGUUUUAAACUUCAGUGUGUGGUGAUAUCAAGGAUAUGAAUCAUUGAAAUUCGUUGUACAGGUAAUAAGGUUUGGCCCACCUUUAUUGACGAACGUCGAAGGAUAACGAAAAAGCCAGGAAGUAUGAAAGGUACAUUUAUCAACAUCCGGUAGAGAGAGAAAAAAAAAAACCACCCUGAAGAAUCGAGGAAGCGUAACAUAAGGUAUGGACACCGUGAAAUAUUCCAGACUAAUCAGUAGUGACGACAUUGAAUCUCCGUAUACCUGCAUCACGCUGAAGAACUAUGGGGCAUCCGAGUCACGACAUCAAGAGCUCAAUGGUCACUUCAAUCCAUUGGAUGUUGAUAAGACUGAAUACCCACCUUCAAAUGAAAACGAUCUCAUUCGUCUUCACAAACCGCUAAAAGACAGAACGAAAUAUGCCUUUCUUGCCUGUAUACUAUGUUUCUUUCCAACUGGAAUAAUGGCCAUUAUCUAUGCAUUACAGGCAAGAUCAGCAUGGAAAGGAGGAGAAGUAAAGAAAGCCCGGGAGAAAUCCAGCAUAUCGAAAGACUUUAUCCGAGCCUCUGUGUGUCUCGGAGGACUGACAUACAUUCUGAUCAUCCUGGUUAUCCUGUUUACCGUUAUAUUUGAUGUACAUGAAUGAUUAUAGAUACAUUAUAGAUAUUUUACUAUUUUACUGUAUACCGAAACAGGAAUAUCUGUAUGAUAAAAAAUUAAUUAGGUACAUGUACCCAUUGUUUAUCAGGGUUAAGAACAUAAUCCGAAAUAAAAAAAAACCACAACCAUAUAUAUCAAUCAUUAUUGCGAGCUUAUACGACAUUAGCAAAGAGUUACGGAGUUUUUGUUUUGUUUAUUUGUUUAACUUGGAUAUCAGUACUGUUUUGAAAUACAUGUAUAAGGUGCAAUCAAUAAAAGUGUUCAUUUCUA